AUCAUCAAUCUUAAGGAAUUGAAACACUACAUCAAUAACAAAAACAACAAACAAUAAACAAUGUCGGCUGCCCAGAAGUUGGUUAACGUUGCAGUGUGUCUGGUGUGCAUGUUUGUCCUCACCGUCGACGCUUCGCUUUCUUCGGUUUACCAGUCAUGCUUCGAUCCAUGCCAUUCUGCUUGCAAAGACACAGGAAAAACCGUCUUUGCAUGCGGAAAAGAAUGUGAAAGGGGAUGUACAGACAAGGCGUAUAAAGAGGGCAAGCUUAAGGACGAGAGCAAGGAACUUAAGGAAGAGGAGAAGGAACUUUGGGCCUUUCAGAAAAAACAAGUUAAGGAGUAUAUGGACAUGCGUUGCAAGGACUUUGAGAAUAAGCAAUGUAAGACGACGACAAGGAAUGUAAGGACGAGGCGAAGUUCUGUAAGGACAUGCAUAUGGCCUUUAAGGAAGAGAAAAGCAGCUUAA